UAUCCAGAAUUAUGUGCAAUUCAUGAAAAAGAUCCAUCCACAAGGCCAGAAGGUGGAGAAAGUGUUGAAGAUGUGGUUGCUAGACUUGCAAGUGCAAUGGCAACUAUGGAAUCCGAAUGUCAGGGAUGUGCGAUAUUGGUUGUCAGCCAUGGUGAUCCGUUACAGAUCUUGCAAACCAUACUCAAAGCAGCUUCAAAACAGACGGGAUCAAUUUGCGGUGACUGGGCAUCGAGAAUUCAAGCUGUCAGAAUCCCUUCUAUUUUGUUUCAGCAUCGGAAGUUCGUACUGCGUACAGGAGAGCUUAGGACAGUUCUGUAA